CGAAGAAGAAUUUCCAGUCGUCACACGUGUUUACAAAUCCGCUGGAAGAUAUUUCCCAUAUUUUUGCGUUUGUGUCGCAUUUGCGUCCAAAAACUUCAGCAAUAUGCCGAAAAUGAAAGCGGAGAAGAAAAGCAGGCAGCAUCAGGAAGUUAAAAACCAAGGCAUAAUGUUCAACACGGGAAUGGGCCAGCACAUCUUGAAGAAUCCUCUUGUCGUCAACAGCAUCAUUGAGAAGGCUGCGCUCAGGCCAACAGAUGUGGUUUUGGAGGUGGGACCAGGGACUGGAAACAUGACGGUCAAACUGCUAGAAAAAGCGAAGAAGGUGGUGGCGUGUGAGUUGGACUCCAGAUUGGUGGCCGAACUGCAGAAAAGAGUACAGUGCACACCCGUGCAGUCCAAACUUCAGAUUCUAGUCGGGGAUGUUUUAAAAACAGACCUGCCGUUCUUUGACGUGUGUGUGGCCAAUUUACCGUACCAGAUUUCAUCGCCGUUUGUCUUCAAACUGCUGCUUCACCGACCUUUCUUCAGGUGUGCCGUGUUAAUGUUCCAGAGGGAGUUUGCCAUGCGUCUGGUGGCCCCGCCCGGAGACAAACUCUACUGCCGGCUGUCCAUCAACACUCAGCUUCUGGCUCGCGUGGACCAUCUCUUGAAAGUAGGGAAAAAUAAUUUCCGUCCUCCUCCCAAAGUGGAGUCGAGUGUUGUGAGGAUAGAGCCCAAAAAUCCUCCGCCGCCAAUAAACUUCCAGGAAUGGGAUGGCCUGGUCCGAAUAGCCUUUGUACGAAAGAAUAAAACCCUCAGCGCCGCAUUCAAGUCGACCGCAGUCGAGCAGCUCCUGGAGAAGAACUACAAAAUCCACUGCUCGGUACACAGUGUGGAAGUGCCAGCUGACUUCAGCAUCAGCAAGAAAAUCGAGAGCGUCUUCCAGGAAACAAAAUUCAGUGAAAAGAGGGCCCGGUCUAUGGACAUUGAUGACUUCAUGGUAUUGCUUCAUGCGUUUAAUUCGGCUGGAAUCCAUUUUUCCUAAAGGUACGGAGGUGAGGAGAUGCACCAGUAGACAACUCAAAAGACUGCAGAAUUUCUUAUCUAGAGCCCUCAGACAUUUUUUGUUAUUGUAAAAAAAUGUAUAUAUAAUAUUGAUUUUUCAAGAUGAUCAUAUAACCGUGUGAAAAUCUUA